GCAAUUUUGUUAACUGAAGACCAUCACCUAAUUGAAUUUCCUUCGCUUUUACUUCCACCUGGCGUAACUUCCGGUAGCAUAGUAAACAUUAGUGUAAAUCGAAAUUAUGAUCAAGAAGCUCGUCAGCGUAAUGAAUUUUGGGAACUUCAAGAAGCAAUUUUAGCAGAAUUUGGUCGUAAUUCGCCAGAACGUCCUAAACUUCACGUUAAACACAUUACUCAAACAUCUGUUAUUCUCGAAUGGGAGCCUUUAGUACUUUAUACUGCAACAUUCAAAUCUUUAGAGGUUUUCCGUAGUGGUACUCGAGUGAGUCAACAAGUUUCCCUUGGCACCACCAAUUCAAUUAAAUUAAGCGGUUUGCAAUUGGAUACAGAAUAUGAAUUUCAUAUAAUCAUCAAAACUACCGCUGGUUCUUUUGCCUCAGACAAGAUCAAAAUUAAAACUCAUGACUUAGAAAAUCUUACUGGCAUCAAUGUUUGUUUCGGUUCUUUUUCAGAUGAUGUAACUCCAACCAAGCAGGAAUUGAAAGAAGUUUUAAAGAGAAUUGGUGCUAGAUAUAGUGAUUCUGUUGGUAAUGAUACUACUCAUUUAUUGUGUAAUGAGAAAGGAGGGCCAAAUUAUCAAAAGGCUUUGGAUAAUAGUAUACCUAUUGUUAGGCCUGAAUGGUUGAUUGCUUGUGAAAAUGCAGGAAAAAUGCAAGCUGCUUUGCCUUAUUAUCUUGUACCUCAGCCUGAGGAGAAAGUAGCUUAA